AUCACUCAAUUAAUCAAUCACUCAAUCAAUCAAUCAAUCAAUCGAAACAACCGAUCCAACAAAAUGCAGUUCAAGAACUCCCUCGUCUUGCUGACGGCCCUCACUGCCAGCAGUGCUUCUGCCCGUAUCCACGGUCACGAACGCCGUCACCACCAACACCAAGAGCGCGCUGUCGGCGACUGGGUCACCGCCGUCAUUGACGGCCAGACUGUCUCGUGGGAAAACACCUGGGCCGGCGCAACUAGCGCUGCUAACGCUAACGCUCCUGCUGCCACCACCGUAAAAGCCGCCGCUGCUGCUGUUGGCACUGCAAAGAACGUCGCUGAAGCCGCCAAGCCUUCCUCUGACCCUACCUCAACCUCCGCCUCCAAGACUGCCUCUGCCACUGGCUUCGGUGCUACCACUGCUCCCCAAGGCUCUGGCUCCACCUACUGCGGUAACCACGGCAAUCCUUACGGCUCCAACAUCAUCGAAAUCUCCAAGUCCGAGUUGAGCAGCUACGACUACACCAUCACUCUUGACGGAUCCAAGCUCACCGAGGACUUUAACGUUAUCUUCUGGAACAAGUGCGAUGCCAACCAUGCUCUCACUGGCUUCUUCGGCCCCGACUUCCCCUUGACCGUCACUGUUUCUCCCGGUUCCAACGCCUACGUUGCCGUCGAUGUCGACUCUCAGGGUGGUUUCAUCGGUUAUCCUUCCAGCAGCUCUAUUCCCAAGAACGCCCAGGACGGAAUUGUCCUCGGUUUCUGGGGCGAGUUCGACUUCGCCGAUGCCAACAACAACGGCUGGUCCGGUUUUGAUGUCUCUUCCAUUGAGGCUGAUAUCGCUGGUAUCUCUGACUUCCCUGGUCUCCUCAUCUCCGGUGCCGGCCAGACUUCUUCCAUCACCACCGGCCUCGGUGCUGUCAACAACGCCUACCGCAAUGCUCAGGCUGAUAUUGGCGGUAUCGGUGGUAACAUCGCCCCUGGCCCUGUUGCUUUGACUGCUGUCCUCAACUACAGCGGUUAAACUGUUUAGAAAUUUGGAUAUCCUUUGAUCUUUUUUUUUCUUUUCUCCGCUACAUAUUUUACCUUUUUUUUUGUUUCUAUGUCUAUCUGCAAGUAGCAUGACACCGAACGGCGUGAGCUCUACCGACGAAGUACAAACCGUCUUUGGAUUAUUUACAUUCGAUAUGUUAUAUACUUGCAUGUAGCAAUUGAUUUGGAAACACAAAAAAAAAAUCUCUUUCGAUACCUUCUUGUAUAUACAUUUGGAUAUUGUCAAUUGAUUUAACUGUUAUUGC